CAACCGGCGUGCCGUGCGAAACGUGAAAGAUUAAUCACAAGGUCUGCGAUAACGCGAUGGGACGGCGAUAGUGAUGUUUCGAUCACGAAGUUCAAAGUUGUAUCGAUUAGCUGCUGAAAUGGGGUCUGCAAGCUGGUGGUUGAUCGCGGUCACCGCUGUGAUAAUCUCGACAGGAGCGACGGCAGCUCUCGAAGGACCGAACAUUUGUACCCGGCAAGAAACGUAUACGAUAACAGUAAAAGUAUCCGAGCAGAAACCAUAUACUGUACGAGAAAACACGUGGUGUUUGAGUUUCCCACCGAGAUGCUCCAAAUACAAAGUCGUCUACAGAACUGUCUACAAAGAGCAGGAAUUAGUAAAACAAAAGCCCGUAGAGGAAUGCUGCAAAGGCUACACGGAGACCACAAAUGGCAGUCGUUGCAUUCCAGUUUGUUCCGAGGAUUGCCGCCAUGGUACUUGUAUCGCGCCUGACAUCUGCAAAUGCGAAUCAGGAUAUGGCGGCCCGUUAUGCGACUUUAAGUGUCCGUCGGGUAAAUGGGGCAGAGAUUGCGAGAUGGAUUGUAAGUGCCAGAAUGGGGCCGCAUGCGAUCCGUUUGAUGGCAAAUGCAUGUGUACCAGGGGCUGGACCGGAGUGUACUGUGAUCAAAAGUGUCUUUUUAACCGCUACGGACAGGACUGCGCCGAGGAGUGUCGUUGCAGUAACGGUGGGAGUUGCCAUCAUAUUUCUGGCGAAUGCCAUUGCACCUCUGGUUACACAGGACCGCUAUGCAACGAAUUAUGUCCUGUGGGCAAGCAUGGCGAAGAGUGUAAAUCGGAAUGUCGUUGUCAGAACGGCGGAUCUUGCAAUCCUAGGACCGGUGAAUGCUACUGUACAUCCGGUUGGACGGGUUCAGUCUGCGCAAAUCGAUGCCCGGAGAGUUUUUGGGGCAAGAAUUGCUCUCAAUCUUGCGAUUGCUAUAACGGAGCAGGUUGUGAUCACAUUACGGGCAAGUGUCAGUGCAAACCGGGUUUCUACGACGACAAAUGUUUAAAAGUCUGUCCCGAGGGCACGUUUGGACUGAACUGCACAAACAAUUGUACUUGCGAAAAUGGUGCCACGUGCAAUCCUACUAACGGCACCUGUGUAUGCAGUCCAGGUUGGAUGGGUAAAACGUGCAGCCAACGAGCCUGCGAGGAUGGUUUAUAUGGUCUCAACUGUGCAAAGGUCUGCGAAUGCGAGAAUGACAAAACGGAACUAUGUCAUCCUUGGACCGGACAAUGUUCUUGCAAAAUGGGAUGGGACGGCGAAACCUGCGCCAGACCGUGUCCCUUCUAUACAUACGGAAAGGGUUGCCAGAAUCGUUGCAACUGCAAAAACAACGCACAGUGUUCACCCGUUGACGGCACUUGCAUUUGUGCAGCCGGGUAUCGCGGAAAGGAUUGCGGCGAGCUAUGUCCCGCAAACACCUUCGGAGAAGACUGUGCGCAGAAGUGUGCCUGCAAAAACGGAGCCAGCUGUUCAGCUGAGAACGGACGCUGCAACUGCACGGCUGGAUGGGUUGGUGUUUUGUGCGAUCGUCCCUGCGACGACAAAUCUUAUGGCAAGGAUUGCGAGGACAAAUGCAAGUGCUUUAACAAUGCUGCCUGCAACCCGCAAAAUGGCACGUGCACAUGUGCGGCUGGUUUCACCGGCAUACUAUGUCAGGAUCGUUGUAAAAAGGGCUUUUUUGGAAACGGAUGCAAUCAGAGUUGUGACUGUGUCGAGGAGAAUACCGUGGACUGUGACUCCGCUACCGGACGUUGCAUCUGCAAGCCAGAAUGGCGAGGGGUACAAUGCGAAACAAAGUGCCCGGAGGGUCUUUACGGCAAGGAUUGUCACUCACAUUGCGAAUGCAUGAACAAUAGUUCGUGUGAUCCCACAACCGGAAGUUGCGUCUGCGCCAGGGGUUGGCAAGGCCCCAAUUGCUCACAACCUUGCAAUGAAGGAUGGUACGGACUAGGAUGCAGAGAAAAAUGUCCAGAGAAAAUGAAUGGAAAUAUGACUUGCGAUCACGUUACCGGUGAAUACGUUUGUCGUCCGGGAUACCUGGGUCUCACCUGCGAACAUCCGUGUCCACCCAAUCGUUAUGGGCUAAACUGCGCGAAUCGUUGUCACUGUAAAAACGGUGGAGAAUGUCAUCAUGUAACAGGUAUAUGUCAAUGUCGACCUGGUUGGCAAGGCGAGUACUGUCAAAUACCUUGCGCGGAGGGCACAUAUGGUGUAAAUUGCACACAACAUUGCAAGUGUCAGAACGGAGGUAAAUGCAGAUCCAAUGAUGGACAUUGUCGAUGCUCGCCUGGAUGGACUGGAACUAGAUGUACUGAAAUUUGUCCUGAGGGAUAUUAUGGUGACCAUUGUAUGGAAUCUUGCGAAUGUAAAAACGACUUCUUUAUGUGUCAUCCAGCUGAGGGUUGUAUUUGCAGGCAUGGAUAUACAGGUGAGAACUGCGACGAACAGCUAUUCUCCCGCAACAUCCAAGAGAAGGAAGAUGGGGGAUACGGGCACAUUGUAGGAGCCGUAUUUGCGACUAUUGUUAUAAUUGGUGUUUUGUUUGCUGCAUGGAUGUACCAUCGUCGCCGAGUGGCUGAUCUCAAGAGCGAGAUAGCUCAGGUACAAUACACAGCUGAGCCUGUAUCUCCGCCAGAUCGAAAUCAAUUCGACAAUCCAGUAUAUGCGUAUCAAGGGUCCUCGAAGUUCGAUGAUGGUACUACUACGUUGCUAAACAAUUUCCAAUUUCGGAAUAAUUUCCAUAAAAAUAUAAACACCGAGAAGGCUAAAUUUGGCUUAAACAGUUGUACUGAUGAUGAAGAUGAUUGUAAAGGAGCAUACGGACUGCAAUAUGAUUUAAAGAAUAGGGACGCCGAUAUGGGAAAUCCAAACUUGAAUGUAUAUCACAGCAUCGACGAGAUGGAUGGCAAAAAAGUUGAACACGUCUACGACGAGAUUAAACAGAACAAUGAAUCGGAAUAUGACGAAUUAAAUCAGCCACGGCCAGUAAGCUGGAACAUAAAGCCACAUUCGACAGCCAAUGGCUUCCUGCCUAAAUCACACGACAAUCCGGGACCUAGCAAAAUGAUAGACAAGGAUCCGGAAUUAGGCGAUACCUAAAAAUUCGAUAUAGCGUUCCUCGUUUUUAACUGCCCAGUCUCUGUAUUUUGUAACAAAAUACUUUAUAUAGUAAAAAAGCUGUGCAUUGUUGUUAUGGAUAUAUAAGGACUGCAUAACGAGUUACAGAAUACAGGCCUAGGUUUGAAGUAGAAUGAGCUUCAUUUACGCUCGUGGUUGGAAGACUAUGUCUUUUUCAUAAGGUGCAAGUAGAGAUGAGCGAUAUAGAAAUAUUUUAAAUAUCGAUAUUUUUGAACUUUUUUCGAUAUUUUGUAUUGAUACUUUGUAUUUCGAUAUUGACGUAUCGACAUUUAAACUUUCAAUACAGUCUGUUAAACUCGCGCGUGUUAAUUUAGUAUGGAUUGAUAUUGAAUUAAAAGUAGAGAGCAAUCAAAGCAAAAUUUAUUUAGAUUAGUUUUUCUAAAGAA